GUGGCUUUUUUAUUAUUAUUAAAAUAUAUUCGUUAUAUAAUGUCACCAAAGGUUUGUCAUGUAAAUCUAUUUUAAACCAUGCCAGUAAAGCGAAUUGUGACCUGUAACUUUUAGGGGACCACAAGAUGGCGUGAUUGUGGUCACAUGGGAUGCAAGGGAAGUUGUGUAAAGAAUACACGUGUUGUGACUGAAUCGCGACUGAAUUUUUGUUUUGCAGUGAAUUUGUAAUUUUAAAGUCUUUCAGCAGAUGAAUCCAGUACUGAAAGUACAUUACUGUGCAGGCAGCGCGAGGUAAACGCGACAAUGAGGAAUAGUUCAUUCUGAAGUCUGCAUUCAUGUCACUUUAAUAUUGUUCUUGCAAUGCACCGAGAUAUAUUUCGCACGAUCACCAUGUAUUUAUUGUUAUCCUUUUCAGUGCCGAUACCAAAUGUCUCGGUAAAUGCUCUCUAGUGCGGAAGGAAGCACGUUGAUAGUCAUGUGUUGAGACAUCCAGGUGUGUUUUGGAAGAGUAAUGGAUGGGGAUCCAGCAGAGAUGAAUGUGUCACAGUCAUCAUCAAGUAUGGAAGUAAAGGAGGAUGUGAAUACCAGAAGUGAUAGUGAGAAUCAGGCAGCAGGAGAUGCUCUGGUUGACAUCAACUUUUGCGGAUCCACCCCUAUGUUGUGGAAGGUGUCUGACAUGAAAAAGUGCAGAUCUGUGGGUGUGAUCGGGGCUCUGGUGGGCUCUCUGGCCCGUCAGCCUCGGCAGAACGUGCGGCUGGGCAGACCGCUGGAGCUCCUGCAGGAGGAGGCGCUGCUGCUGGUCGAGACGGGCUCUGCUGCGGCUUCACUGCACACUCAGGAUUGUGGAGAUGAAGAGAUGCAUUCAGAAGCUGUGAGGCAGUAUGAGGCAGGUCUGGAGAGCAGUUAUAAGGAGCAGUGUGCUCUGGCCCUGGAGGACAAGAAGACCGUGCUGAGGAGAAUCAUCAGUGAGAAAGAGAAUGGCACAGAUGACUCCGGCAAUGCAAUUAGGGACCGUCUUAAUGCACUGGACCAGGCUUUCUGCUUUCCGUUGUCGGCCAUGGCGGUCCAGCUCUGUACUGCCCGUGCCGGCUUCAGCCAUUGUCCAGAGGAACGCAGUUUCCUUUCCACUGAUUGGCCAGUGCCUAGAGAUGAACGUUUGAACACUAGAUUCUGUGUAUACAGGGAUCUGAGAAGUAAAGGCUUUUACCUGACCUCUGCAGGGAAGUUUGGAGGAGAUUUCCUGGUUUAUCCAGGUGAUCCUCUGCGUUUCCAUGCUCAUUUCAUUGCAUUAUGCAUCUCCAUGGAUGAAGAAUUACCACUCAGUGAUAUUCUGUCUAUAGCUCGCCUGGGAUCUAAUGUGAAGAAAACAGUAUUGCUUUGUUCUCCGCAGAGCCGUAAUGAGACUGGAAAGGAUGAGAGUGUGGAGGGUGAUGUGGUGUAUUCAUCGCUGCAGUGGAGUUCUAUGGUGUAACUACACAAAUACAGCUUUUUUCCAUCUAUUUUGAUAGUGCAUAGAAGAUGUGGUGCUAUUGGAAACUAGUGUGCCUUCUGAUAUGUAUAGUGUGUGUGUGUGUGUGUGUGUGUGUGUGUGUGAGAUAAAUUCUGAUGACUGAAUUCUGUUGGACUUUAAAUGUGCAUGACCAGCUAUGCAGAGGAAGGAUAUUCCAGUAUCAUCUAAUAAAUAUCUUUAAAAUGAAA